AUGCGAUCCUUCCCUACUGUACUUCUCUUCAUCGCCGCCCUGGCUGGCCUUUCUGUCGCUCAAAGUUGCAAUGACCAAUGCGCAGACGUCUUCGCCUUAGCCAGCUCGGAAUGCCCGCACCUCGCCAACACCAAAGAGGAUGCCGACGCCCUCGACGGUCCCAAGAUGAGCUGGAAGAACAAUAUAUGGUCCACACGCGGCAAGGAUGGUGCCGUGGUUGAGAUCGACCCCAAAGCUUGCACUCUUAGAACAUUUGGCGGUCGUGACGACUUCUGUGGCAUCUGGAUUGGUGGCAAGGAGAUCCGGGGAAAGGAGAAUGUUGAGGUUAAGCAGCCAAAUGCGCUGUUGCAGAUUCCUCAUAACGGUGGCUGCUGCAAGAUCGACGAGGAAUUCUGCACGGAUGGUGCGAUUGAAUGGGCGCAGCUGUCGAGGGUCAAGAAGGGCCCUGAUGCAUCGUAG